AUGGUAAUCGACAUUCUAAAGUUCUUCCUUGUUUAUGCUCUAGUCUUGUUUGCAUUUGCAUGCGGAUUAAAUCAACUUCUUUGGUAUUAUGGAGCAAUGAGGGCACAGGAAUGCGAGCAAUAUACGAAGUGGAUUGCUAACCCAAGUCCAGUUGUAAACGCUGCCAAGAUGGACACUUUGAAAGAAAGCUGUGAUAUAAAAUAUAGAAGUGUAUCAAGUAUUUAUCAUACUUCCGAAACAUUAUUUUGGGCAAUGUUUGGUCUAAUAGAUCUUUCACAUUUUACUUUGAAGGUAAGAGUUCUUAUUAAUUGAGG